AUGAAUGAAGAGAUAAUUGAUAUGUUUAAGGAUGAAGAUCGACUAAGUGCUUUACCAGAUGCACUUUGUUGUCACAUCCUUUCAUUCAUCGAAACAAAGUAUGCUGUGAGGACCAGCGCUUUGUCCACGAGAUGGAAAACCAUAUGGACGUCUGUUCCUAGUUUAUACUUCUGUAAUUUAAAUCAGACAGAGAAGCCCAAGAAUGACCCAGGUUUUUUCAGAUUUGUUAUUCGUGUACUUUUGCUUCACGAUUCAUUGGACAUUCCAAAGUUUCGUAUCGAUUGUUACUGUGCCAAGGACAACAUUGCUGAUAUUGAUACUUGGAUACGCACUGUCAUCAGACAUAAUGUAGUUGAGCUUGAUCUUUCUCUCAGUACCAGCUUAUCGUAUCUUCAUCCUUUCUUUAAAUUACCUGAAUGCAUUUUCACCUGCAAGACACUACAAGUUUUGAAGUUACAUUCAAAUUCUUUCACCUACCGUCUUCCGAAAUCAGGGCGCUUCCCGAGUCUUAAGUUUCUCCAAGUCACAAUUACUGGUUGUUACAAAUGUGCCAUGAGAGAUUUCAAUAACCUUUUAUCUCAGCUCCCGAUACUGGAGCAUUUGAUUAUAAAUCUUCAAGGUGUUGUCAUAUUUGAAAACUUUAGUCUUAAAGAUGUUGGCAUAUUAACAAACCUUAAAAUUCUGCGCCUGAUUUGA